GGCUGUUCCAGGAGAACCUGGGUCUGCUGCACAAGUACUACGUCAAGAAUGCCCUGGUCUGCAGCCAUGACCACCUGACCCUCUUCCUGACCUUGGUGUCCGGGCUGGAGUUCAUUCGGUUUGACCUGGACCUGGAUGCCCCCUACUUAGACUUGGCCCCCUACAUGCCCGACUACUACAAACCCCAGUACCUGCUGGACUUCGAAGACCGCCUCCCCAGCUCAGUCCAUGGCUCAGAUAGCCUCUCCCUCAACUCCUUCAACUCUGUCACCUCCACCACCCUGGAGUGGGACGACAGUGCCAUCGCCCCGUCUAGUGAGGAUGGAGACCUCACAGACACGGUCAGUGGCCCCCGCUCCACUGCCUCGGACCCGACCAGCAGCAAGGCUUCCACCAAGAGUCCCACCCAGCGCCACAACCCCUUUAAUGAGGACCAGGCAGAGACCGUGUCCUCCUCCGACACCACCCCUGUGCACGCCACGUCUCAGGAGAAGGAGGAGUCCCACACCCUAGACCUGCCAGACUGCACAGAGCUCGAGGUCAUCAGGGUCACCAAGAAGAAGAAGCUUGGCAAGAAGAAGAAACCCAGAUCGGAUGAGGAAGCAAGUCCCCUUCACCCGGCCUCUGCCCAACACACGUGUGCCAGGCGGGGGAAUGGUGACAGCCUUGUCAGCAGCCCAGGCCCUGGGCGUGGCUCACCGGACACUGCCCUUGGGUCGCCCCCAGAGGAGGGAGAGGGGCCGAGCAGCGCCGCCGAGGGCAGCGAGCGCUCAGAGCCUGGCCAGGUGGCCUUGCUUAUCCCCGAAAUGAAGGACACCUCCAUGGAGUGCUUGGGGCAGCCCCUGAGUAAGGUCAUCAACCAGCUCAACGGGCAGCUGGACCCCAGCACCUGGUGCUCCCACGUCGAGCCCCCCAACCAGUCCUUUCGGACCGUCUCUUCCGGGGACACCCCGGAGAGGCCGCCAUUUUGCGACUUUAGUGAGGGGCUUCCAGCCCCGAUGGACUUCUACCGCUUUACCGUCGAGAGUCCAAGUACUGUUACAUCAGGUGGCGGCAACCAUGACCCUGCAGGGCUUGGCCAACCGCUGCAUGUUCCUGGUGGCCCUGCGGCUGCUGGCCAAGAAGAGGGAGGAGGAGCGGGACAGGCGCCUCGGCCCCUAGAGGACACCCCAGGGGAGGCUCGGGAGCCGGAGACCCAGGGCCCAGAGACCCAGUUGCCCCUGGUUGGUGAGGGGCCAGAGCCGGAGCCUGGGACCCAGGAGGCUCUUUGCCGGCUCAAGCGAGACCAGCCUAGCCCCUGUCUGAGCAGCGCUGAGGACUCUGGGGUGGAUGAGGGACAGGGGAGCCCUUCUGAGAUGACCCACUCGGCGGAGUUCAGAGUAGACAACAACCACCUACUCCUGCUGAUGAUCCAUGUGUUUCGGGAAAACGAGGAGCAGCUCUUCAAAAUGAUCCGGAUGAGCACGGGGCACAUGGAGGGCAACCUGCAGCUGCUGUACGUGCUGCUCACAGACUGCUACGUCUACCUGCUCCGGAAAGGGGCCACAGAGAAGCCAUACCUGGUGGAAGAGGCUGUUUCUUACAAUGAACUUGACUAUGUGUCGGUGGGCCUCGACCAGCAGACGGUGAAGCUGGUGUGCACCAACCGCAGGAAGCAGUUUCUGCUGGACACAGCGGACAUGGCAUUGGCCGAGUUUUUCUUGGCUUCUUUGAAGUCGGCAAUGAUCAAGGGCUGCCGGGAACCACCCUACCCCAGCAUCCUGACUGAUGCCACUAUGGAGAAGCUGGCACUGGCCAAAUUUGUGGCCCAGGAGUCUAAGUGUGAGGCAACUGCUGUUACUGUGCGCUUCUACGGGCUUGUGCACUGGGAGGACCCCCUGGAUGAAUCCCUGGGCCCCGUCCCCUGCCAUUGCUCACCUCCUGAGGGCACCAUCACCAAAGAAGGCAUGCUGCAUUACAAGGCGGGCACCUCCUACUUGGGCAAGGAGCACUGGAAGACGUGCUUCGUGGUGCUCAGCAACGGGAUCCUCUACCAGUACCCCGACCGGACUGACGUCACCCCCCUGCUCUCGGUGAACAUGGGGGGGGAGCAGUGCGGUGGCUGUCGGAGAUCCAACACCACGGAUCGGCCCCACGCCUUCCAGGUCAUCCUUGCAGACCGGCCCUGCCUGGAGCUGAGCGCAGAUAGCGAGGCUGAGAUGGCCGACUGGAUGCAGCACCUCUGCCAGGCCGUGUCCAAAGGGGUCAUCCCCCAGGGGGUAACUCCCAGCCCCUGUAUCCCCUGCUGCCUGGUGAUCACUGACGACCGCCUCUUCACAUGCCACGAGGAUUGCCAGACCAGCUUCUUCCGCUCCCUGGGCACCACCAAGUUGGCCGACAUCAGUGCCGUCUCCACUGACCUGGGCAAGGAGUACUGUGUCUUGGAGUUUUCCCAGGAUAGCCAACAGCCCCUCCCUCCCUGGGUCAUCUACUUGAGCUGCACAUCUGAACUGGACCGAUUCCUGUCUGCACUGAACUCUGGGUGGAAAACCAUCUACCAGGUGGACCUCCCCCACAAGGCCAUCCAGGAAGCCUCCAACAAGAAGAAGUUCGAGGACGCCCUGAGCCUCAUCCACAGCGCCUGGCAGCGGAGCGAUAGCCUGUGCCGUGGCAGGGCCUCCCGUGACCCCUGGUGCUGAGGCGGAGCUGUCUGGCAUCCCGGCGGGGCAGGAAAGUGGGGCACGCCAAGCAGCAGGCACUGUCAUCGCCGUGUCACUGAGCGGCUUGGGGCCAGGCUCCCACCCCAGUCCCAUGACCCACUCCGGCCCCGGGCGGCAGAACCAAGUGGGGCUCGAGACAGGAUCUCCCUCCCCGGGAUCCAGAACGACUGCUCAACAUCCUGAGCCUCCUGGCCAGCAGGUGGCAACUGGGAAGUGCUGGGGGCAGAGAGUCCGAGCCCUAUGGGCUCUGCAGAGGCACGGCCUCCUCCCUGGGGCCUCCGCCUUCGUCUACGAAGGGAGCCGAAGGACUGGGAGGCCGGACCGCCUUCUUCCUCCCCUGGGUCAGGGGCCCGGGCAGAGGCUUAGGCCGCCCUGGGGGCCCUGAGUGCCCGGCCAUCCUUGUUCACGUUUGAACAUUCACCCGGCUGGGAGGGAAGCUGGAACACCGAGAUCUCAGUGCAUGUCUUCUCACCAACUCCAUCCCCAAGCACACGGCUGCCUGCCUUCCAGGGUCCGUAGGGGUGCAGGGGGCCGGGCUGGCCCUCCCUGGCCAUCAGGAGGCCCUGCAUGUCCACCUGGCAGUGUCCACAGGACCCAGGAAUCAGGUCGUCUCCUUUUGCUGGGAGCAAAGCAGAGAGAGGAAGGCUUGAGAGGAACAGAGCCCACCAGCCCUGUGUCCACAUUGGUCCGUCUGACUGUCCCCUGCUUGGCUUGAACCGGGUCCUUCCCAAGACAGCCCUCUGGGGGAAGGGGUCAGGUGGUCUGGGUUUUGUUUUUUAAAAUAAAAUAGACAUGUUAUAUUGCCAA